CAAUGUGAUGAAAGGAUCUCAUGAUUACGCUCUCCCGAUGAUGAAUUCUGGGUUUGCCUGUAGUUCUGUUCUGUAAAUCGGGCGCACAAAGGAAUUAAACACCGCUCGCUUUUUUAAUUUCAUCUCUCUAUUUUGGAGCCGGGCCACUAUAAUAACACUCACACUUGCGAUGCCAGAACCCUAGGGAGUUGCUUGGAUGCACCCACACAAGCGCAACAAUCACGGCAACACACGCGCCGAGGACGGAGUGUGGUCAGCAGCGUUUCUGGACGCGCAGGAAGCUCAGACGGGGUUGGACACCUUCUGGGUUUGCUCGGUGCUCGAGGUCAGCGGUGUGCGGCGCAACAGAUGCCGCGCCGAGAAAUAAGCCUUUAAUACCCCCCAGGACUCGGGAGAGGGUAACUAUUCUCAACUCACAAUUCAGACUUGAGUGAAACCCCUCGCGCAACUCAUCCGGGCUCCGUGCGUCGCGGUUCUCUCGGAGACAUCUCACCUUUACGCACGGAGAGGACGCUCAAAGAACGGCGUUUCCGUUAACGGCAUCCACGGAUUUAUCCACCGGGAGUGUUUCAGAGGUGACUCGAGCCUCGUGACAUGCUUGUCCAUGUCUCAGUCACUGGAGCCAGGAGAGCGGUAAUUUGAACCGGUCGUUACAGCCGUGGAACGUCGCUAUAGUGGACACCUUGGGUCAGCAUGCCGCCCAAAAAGAAGGGAGAGCGUCAGGACUCGGACGUCGUUGAGGAGAGAAACGCCCAGGUGCAGCUGGAGAAGGCCAAGUACAAGCCUGUGGCAUUUGCUGUACGUUGCAACUUCUCUUACACGCCAGCAGACGACGACAACGUCCCCGUACCAGGACAGGCCGUCACCUUUGAGGCCAGGGACUUCCUACAUGUCAAAGAGAAGUUCAACAAUGAAUGGUGGAUCGGACGGCCAGUGAAGGAGGAUGGUGUGGUUGGCUUCAUCCCCAGUCCCGUCAAUCUGGAAACCAUUCUCAUCAGAAGAGAAGUCCAAGCGAGGAAGGCUGCCAAGGCCUUAGCCAACAAAGCGGCAACACAAGCAACUCAAGAUAUGAACUCGAAGAAAUAUACUCCUCCAUCACAAGCCAAUCAGCAAGUGAAAAAGAAACCGGGGGAGCAGGUGGCUAUGUAUGAUGUAGUGCCUACAAUGCGUCCUGUGGUUCUAAUGGGACCAUCACUGAAGGGCUUAGAGGUUACAGAUAUGAUGCAAAAAGCACUGUUUGACUUUUUAAAACAUCGAUUUGAAGGCAGAAUCACUAUCACACGGGUCACGGCAGACAUCUCUCUGGCUAAACGGUCCAUCCUCAAUAACCCUGGCAAAAAGGCCUUAAUGGAUCGGUCCAACACCCGAUCCAAUUUAGAUGCUGCCGCCCAGAUCCAGGGGGAGGUGGAGCGUAUAUUCGAGCUCGCCCGCAGCCUGCAGCUGGUGGUUUUAGACGCAGACACAGUCAACCACCCUCUGCAGGUGUCCAAGACCUCCCUGGCUCCGAUCCUCGUCUACGUCAAGAUCUCCUCACCAAAAGUGUUAACGAGGCUCAUCAAGACCAGAGGGAAGUCUCAGACCAAACACCUCAAUGUUCAGCUUGUGGCUGCAGACAAGCUUGCCCAAUGUCCGCCGGAAAUGUUUGAUGUCAUCUUAGAUGAGAACCAGCUAACAGAUGCCUGUGAGCACAUUGCUGAUUAUCUGGAGUCCUACUGGAGAGCGACUCAUCCACCAGAGAUGGAGCCUGCCAACGCUCUGGUGUCGCAGCUGGCUGAGAAUACACUGCCUAUGAGUCCUAGAGCAAUACCGGAUGAGCAGAAAAGUAAAAAGUCAGCUGCCCCCAAGAGGAAGGGCUCCCGUGAGAACCACCUUGACCAGGAGCCCCCUUCAGCCCCAGACCAGGAGGAGGGGGCUGAGGAGGGCCAAAGAGAAGAAGAAGAGCGGCUCCUGAGGACCGAACCAAAGAAACCCCAGCACACCCGCCAACACCACCACCACCACCACCGCCGGAUGGAGCACCACAGUCACACCCAGCACAGCCAAACGUCCGGCGGCAUGGACAUACAGUCGAGCAGGGAUCACAGCCAGAGGCUCCCCCGAAGGCACCUGCCCGAGGAGAGGGACGCCAAGGUGGAGGACGUGGUGGAAGCGGACGAGGAGGAGGCUCACUAUAACCACCGGGGCAGUAACCACCAUCACCAUAACAGCAACCACCACCACCACCAUCACCACCAUCACCGUGGGAACAGCCAGCCGCACGUCGUGGAGGACUAUGAGCAGGCGCACAAUGAACGCAACCGGCAGCACAGGCAUCACCAGCAUAUUCCACCACGGACACACAACGUGGAUCACUAUCCUGUACACAACCAUCACAACUACCACGGCAGAGACAGGGACAGAGACCGAGACCGAGACAGACACAGAGAUAGAGACAGAGAAAGACACAAGGACAGGGAAAGGGACAGAGAUAGAGAUCAUGGUAGAGAUCGAGACAGAGAUGCACGACAGUGGCACAGAGAUUCCUAUAUACAUCAGUGACUGUUGUUUCUACUGAGGGUUGGUGCAUGGUUGUAUGCUGCUCAUUUUAUAAUGCACUUGUGGUCGGGGUGAGUGUGUCUUCUUGGUAGACAGUGUUUCUCCUCAUGUUUGCCAUUUUUUUUUCACAGUGUUCCUCUUUAUUAUUCUUUACCGAAAGGUAUUUUAGCGUUUGUAGGACACAUUUCUGUGUGUCAUGUUUUCACCCAAUCCUGUGUGUGUGCUUUGCACAAACAAGAGUAAAAUGCACUGAUAUGGUCCUUAUAACUCAUAUGUGAAUGAAACACCAGACAGUAGGGACAGAUGGCUUUUAUAGCUUCCAUAGUCUCGCAUCACAACUCAAAAAAUGGCUUCGACUAAAAUCAAAAGAUACACUCUUUACUUCCAUUCAAAGGGAAACUAACUAUUAAAAAAAAAUAAAAACUAUAAAAGUAGUUACAUGCUAAUCUGAUAACAUGAUAAAAAUUUUCAAUUUUAAUAAAAAGAACGUUGUUUUGCAACAUGUCCCAAAAAGUAAUGCAUACAAUUGUUUGAUGAAUUGAAUGAAAUUCUCUGUAACGCACAUUACAAACAUAGUUUAGUUUCAUCAUCUCAGAUUUAUGAAUUUUCCACUUUAUCUGUGGGCUAAACGACGUAAGUGAAGAUGACACCUUGACUUUUGCGAAAUUGUAUUCUGUAAGUAAUUGACUGAUGAGAAUAUAAGGUUAAUCAAUAAUCACACAGAAAAAUAAAAUAAAAAUGAAUUUGCUGUAGCCCAAAAGAGGUCAUCUCAGAAGUGACCAUGAGAUAAAACUAAACUACUAAAUCAAUAGCUGUGUUAAUUUUACAUUUAUACGUUGCACAAAUGUUCAAAUGAUUGCUGGGAACAGGUUGUGUAGUUUCUAUGUCACGUCUUCCUCUGCCCCCAUGUGUUUAAAUCUGUGUACCUUCAAAAGCCAGUGAUUUAUUUCUAACAUGAGUAUGAAAAGUCAAACUAUUUUUCUACAUGAUUCCAAAGGGAAAUCAUACGUUGCUUCCUACUUUUGAAAACAAUGUUCAAGCAUAUUUACUGACUGGAAACAUUGCAUUUGCUUUAUCUGGAAGCAUGAAUAAUAUUUUGAUGACACUGACCUGUGCUACAUGCUGGAUACUCUAUGCAUCCUCUUGUGAUAAAAUAUACUGCUUGAAUACAAUCUCUAUGCAUUUGUACAUACUUCAUAAAUGCCUUGUUAGGUAUAUGUAAGGACAACCAGAGAGCCUGUUGCACUGUUUGGCAGAACUUGAACUUAUGUGUAUGAUUUGCUGUAAGAAGACUGAUUCCUUUCAAGGUUUGUUUUGAUGGUUUUUGUUUUGUACAGAAGUCUGAAGUUAAUUUUGACAAAUAUGCAUUCAGUUGUUGAAAACCAUUAAAAUGUAAAAUAUAUAUAUAAUAUAUAUAUAUAUAUAUAUAAUAUAUAUAAUAUAUAUAU